AUGGCGACCAACGGCUCGACAGGAAAAGUCUUGUCCCCGACAGCACUGGCCCAUGUCGUCCUGCAAACUUCACAGUUUGAGCCCAUGGUUGCGUUCUAUAAGGCCUUCCUGGGAGCCCACGCGACUUACGAGAAUGAGUUUCUCUCAUUCUUGACUUACGAUGAGGAGCACCACCGGGUAGCCAUCGCAUAUGUGCCCUCGACCACGCCCAAGGUCCCGACGUCGGCCGGUUUGGCCCACAUGGCCUUUUCAUUCAAGACUUUGAAAGACCUCCUGCUUGCCUACGGUCAGCGGAAGGCUCGAGGGAUCAUGCCGAUCUGGUCGGUCAAUCAUGGCCCCACCACGAGCAUCUACUAUCAAGACCCCGACGGCAACCAGAUCGAGACCCAGGUGGACAAUUUCGAGACGAUUGACGAGGCCAACGCAUUUAUGAAUACCCCAGAAUUUGCGGAAAACCCUAUCGGCGUCGACUUUGAUCCUGAGGAUCUGAUCAGAAGGGUCGAGAGUGGUGAGGAUGAGGGGAACUUGAGGAAGAGACCCCGCAUUGGACCUCGAGGAGUGGAAGGGUUGCCUGUGCCACCCAAACCCGAUGUCCGUAGAAACUACGAUGUUGUAUCGGCUUAG